UUUUUUGAAUUAUUAAUUUCACUGUUUCUUGCCCAAUCACAAACAUAAGAAUUAGAGAGAGAGGAGAUUGAGGUUUUCCAUAUAUAUAUAUACACAUACAUACACACAUAUGUGAACCACAAAGCCCCUGUGGACAUGUUCCGUAAAGAAGAGAGUUUUCACUAGCUAUUUCCCUUUGUGUGUAUAUAUUAGUAUCUUUGAACUUGUGUUCUGCACAUAUAUUGAGAUAAAGCAAAGCUGCUGGAAAUGGAGACAUCUCAGCCUCUUUCUAUUGACAGCUUUUCAUAUAGUUGGCUAGUGAAUAUAAAGCCAUCUCUAGAAAGCUCAGGUAACAACUCCUUUAGGACCUCACUCGAUGCUUCCGAUGAAGCUUCCUCCUUCAUCGAGAUGGACCCGAGAAUGCCACCCUCCAAGAGAUUUUUUAGGAAUUCUCAAGACUUUAAAUUUGAUUUCCCUGUCUCGCCGCCUUCUCUCACUUUUGUACAUGCCGACCAGCUGAUUUCCAAUGGUUGUCUUGUGCCUUUUUUCAUUGAUCCAGUGAAAGUUCAGAAAUAUGAGGAUGAAGAUUACAAUCCAAAUUUUCAAAAAUCUUCCCACACAGAAAACGACGUCCAUCCAGCCAAUACUUCUGACUGCUCGUCGAUGAGAAAGUGUCGGAAACUAUCGAAGAAAGUGUUGCAGAAGUAUUUGAGUUUUUUCAAGCCAUUGUACCAAAGAAUACGAGGUCAUAGAGCAUCAAGUUCCAAACCAGAAAAUGUUGGUAGAAGAUCCAAAUCUAUGAAGAAUUGGGAAUAUUCAUAUGAAGCAUCGCCACGGAUAAGCGUAGCUUACUCUGCCGAUGAUUGGCGUAGAUCCUGUGAUUCCGAGAGCUCAAUCUACGAGGCAGUCCUCCAUUGCAAGAAAUCUAUAGGAAGAUGAGAUCGAGUAAUUUCAGACGAAAAAUCAGGAGAAAGAAGUGAAAGCAGAGAGGAUGAUAAUAAACAAAAGAUUAAUUCAAGACAGACAAACAGAUGAGAGAAAAAUGAGACAUGAAAUGAUAACAUCCACUAAGCUUUUUGUCCAUUUCUUCUACUUUUUCUUAGAUUCAAAUGUACCAUACCAUUUUGUCUGUGAGGAAAGUAGAAGCUGUAUAAAUGAAUAGGAUUGCAAAUUUCAGACCUUACAGAGGAACAGGAAGGGUCACCAUAAAUUUUGUUUGUCCUUGACUGUUAUGUAAUAAAAAUCCAUAUAACAUGAGAACACUUGUUUCAGUAUGCCCGUGACCGAGCGAGCAGGUUCCUUUAGGUAAAUACUCAAAUGCCAUAUGAAGUUGAUGAAGAUGAAUAUAAUUUUUGUUCUUUACUUGGAGUUCUGUAGAUAAGUUAAACAAUCAAGUGACUCUUUGUUCAUA